UUUGACAGUAAAACAUCAACUUUUGUUUACAAAAAAAUGUCUAUUUUAGGAAUAAAUAAGUUUUAAAAAUAGAUUUUCAUCCAAAUAAUAAUAACAUUAAAUUCUUCGAAAUCGUGUAAAAUAUCGAAAAUUCUCGCAUAUUUUUUGACAAUAUAAAAGGAAAGCACAUUGAUUUGAGAGGCACACAUAAGAGGUUACUUCAUUAAAAAAAAAAUUACUAAAAAAAUUAAAAAAAAAUGGGCAAUAUCGAUGCAGAAAAUAUGAUGGAAGAAGCAACUAAGUUUAAAGAAAAAGGCAACGAAGCUUUUAAAAAUGAAAAAUGGGACGAAUCAAUUGAAAUGUACAGUAAAGCUAUAAAAUUGAGGUCAUCCAUGAAAGAUAAGGAUUUGGCUAUAUAUUAUAAGAAUAGAGCAGCCGCCCAUUUAAAGAAGAACAAUUAUGAGGCAGCUUUAACUGAUUGUACGAACUCAUUGGAAAUCACUCCAAAUGAUCCUAAAGCGCUGUUUAGGCGGUCUCAAGCAUAUGAAAGUCUACAAAAAUACGAAGAGGCAUAUAAAGAUGCUGUAGAUUUAUGGAAAGCGGAUCCAAAUAACAAAUCCGUUCAACCAAUGUUAAAAAAACUUCACGCUAUAGUACAAGAUCGUGCAACAGAAAAUGCAAAAACGUCAACAAAAGUUAAGAAAAUGUGUGAAAUUGCAUUUGAUUUAAAUUCACCAGUCGAUAAACGUAAAAGUGCUAUGAAUAAUAUUUUAGUUUUGGCUCGUGAACCAGUCGGUGCCGAAUGUUUAGAAAAGGAAGGGAUUGUUCCUAAAAUAGCUGCUUUGACAAAAACUGAGAAGUGUGAAGAAAUUUACUUGAACGCCAUAAGAACAAUUAGUGAGAUUUGUAACAAAAAUAUACCUCGUACAAAAGUGGUUAUUGGAAGUCUCGGUAUACCUUGGUUUCUCCAAGUUUUGAACAGUAAAAAUGCUGAUCGCAUAAGUGCUGCACAAUUUUGUUUACAAACAAUAUUAAACACAUUUUCUGGAAUGGAUCAUAAGGUAGAAAGUAAACCAAAUAAAGAAAUGUGCCAAAAAUAUUUUAAAGAAAUAGAUACAAUCCUAACGUGUUUGGUUUAUUCUAUUACGGAUCGUUUAAUAUCCGGAAUGUCUAGAGAUGCUAUUAUGGAACUUUUAUCUAGAAACGUCCAAUAUAGUGCAUUGAAUUGGGGUGAGCGUUUAGUUGAAAUACGUGGUUUGUACAGAUUAAUGGAAGUUUGUUCAGAGUUGGAAGAAUAUAAAUAUGAAAGUGCAAUGGACAUUACGGAGAAUUCAAGAUCAGUCGCUUCAGUUUGUUUAGCUAAAAUAUAUGAAUGUAUGUAUUAUGAUGAAUUGAGAGCAAAAUUUACGGAACAGAUAGAGGAAUAUGUAAAGGAAAAAUUAUUGGAACCAGAUUUCGAGUCAAAAGUGCGCGUAACGGUUGCUAUUACAUCUUUAUUAAAUGGUCCUCUGGAUGUUGGUAAUAGCAUUAUGGCAAGAGAUGGUGUAUUGCAAAUGAUUUUGGCAAUGGCAUCAGAUGAUGAUGCUUUGCAACAAAAGGUAGCCUGUGAAUGUAUUGUUGCUGCGACCUCCAAGAAAGAUAAAGCCCAAACAAUGAUGCAUAUGGCUGUAGAUAUUUUAAAAAAAUUAUACAAUUCGAAAAAUGAAGCUAUUAGGGUACGAGCACUUGUUGGUUUAUGUAAACUAGGAAGUUAUGGUGGUACAGAUGCUUCGAUAAGGCCCUUUGCCGACGGGUCCACAAAAAAAAUGGCAGAAGCGUGUAGAAGAUUUUUAAUCAAACCUGGAAAGGAUAAAGACAUUAGAAAAUGGGCUGCAGAUGGGUUAGCAUAUUUAACAUUGGAUGCAGAAGUUAAGGAAAAAUUAUGUGAAGAUAUACCAGCUAUUAGAGCAUUGAUUGAAUUGGCAAGAAAUGGUGGAGAAUCCAUUUUGUAUGGUGUUGUAACGUGCUUCGUAAACUUGUGUAAUGCUUAUGAAAAACAAGAACUGAUGCCUGAAAUGAUUGAACUGGCUAAAUUUGCUAAGCAUCAUAUUCCAGAGGAGCAUGAAUUAGAUGACAUGGACUUUGUUAACAAACGAAUUGAUGUUCUUUGUAACAAUGGAAUUACAUCAGCUUUAGUUAAUUUAUCAAAAACUGAUAGUAAAAAUUCAAAAGAAUUGAUAGCCAGAGUUUUUAAUGCAAUAUGUAGCAUGCAAGAAUUGCGUGGGAAAGUUGUUCAAGAUGGGGGAGCUAAGGCUUUACUUCCUAUGUCAUUAGAUGGUACUGAAAAAGGAAAAAGGCAUGCAUCACAAGCUUUAGCUCGAAUUGGAAUAACUAUAAAUCCAGAGGUAGCGUUUCCUGGUCAAAGGAGUCUGGAGGUUAUAAGACCUCUCCUUAAUUUAUUGCAUCCUGAUUGCACUGCGUUGGAAAAUUUUGAAGCAUUAAUGGCAUUAUGUAAUUUAGCCCAAAUGGGUGAAUCGGUUCGUAAACGAAUAUUGACAGAGCAAGGCUUAUCUAAAAUUGAAGCAUAUUUAAUGGAAGACCACGAGUUUUUGAUACGUGCAUCUGUGCAGUGCAUUUGUAAUUUAUGUAUGUCUGAAGAAGUUGUAAAACUACAUGAAGGCGAAAAUGAUCGUGUUAAAUUUCUAGCAUUAUUAUGUGAAAGUGAAGAUGAAGAAACAGCCAAAGCCGCUUCAGGAGCUUUAGCAAUGUUAACUUCAGAAAGUGUAAUUUGUUGCAAAAAAAUAUUCGAUACAGUAAGAUGGUUAGAUGUUUUGCAUACACUAAUUGCAAAUCCAAGUCCUGAUGUUCAACAUCGUGGUUUAGUUGUCAUUUUAAAUAUGAUAAAUGCAAAUGAAGAAAUUGCCAGAAAGGUAAUGGAAACAGACGUGUUAGAAUUAUUAAUGGGAUUAUCAAAGUUGCAAGAUGAAGAUAGAACAAAAGCUGUUGAAAUAUCAAUACAAUGUUUAAGAUCAGCAGAACGUUAUAAUAUUAUUGCCCAAUCUAAUGAUGCGCCUAUACCAGAUAUAUUUAAGGAAGCUGAAAGACUGGCAGAAUUGAACGAAUUUAAUGAAAUGGAUUAAAAAAGACUUUUUACAGUGUAAAGUGCCUUAAUAUAAUAAUGUUUUCUAUAUUACUGUUUUUGAUCUUUAUGUUAGUUUUAAAAAUUUAUUUUUAAUAAUUCAGUGAAAUUGUUGAUUUUGUACUUAAAUUAUAUUAACAAAAUUUUUUAUUGGCACUGUUGUAAAAAUAUAAAAAAUAAAAUUAUUCAGAAUUUUAUUAUAUUUGUGAAGACAUGUUAAAAAAAUA